AGCAGGUAUUCUCCUGAAAAGGUUCUUGUCUCGGACUGGUGGUUCAGCCAGCAGGUGGGCCGUUUCACGGCGGUGCCCAAUACUAGAAAAAUAUGUCAAAAAAUUUCAAGAAAAAAUAAACAGUCUAGUGACGUAUGUUGUUCUUUGAGUUUUGGGAAUACUAUGAAAACACGAAAAGUUUGAAUGUGAAAAGAGACGUGGCUCUCGCCUGAAUACGCCUGCACAAUAGAAUGAGUGUUAUCGGUAAAAAGCUAUCCUCGAUCUCGAAGGCCCCCGCAUCUGGUGAUGGCUCGGGAGCAACACCCACCAACAACCCGACACCGCCAAAACUGAUUACACCCGAAUACGUGCUCAAAUUGAACAAAAUCACCGAUGACUACCUGUGUCCUCCGGACGCCAAUAUCUACGAAAUCGAUUUCACUCGUUUUAAAAUCCGUGACAUGGAAAGUGGGGCAGUUUUAUUUGAGAUUGCAAAGCCUUCUCUGGGUGAGCCAGUGCCGAGUUCCGACUCGAACUCAGGACUGGCGGAAGGUGGUAGUGAUGGUGCAACAGGAGGUAGUGAAGAGCACCCAACCGAAGAGGAGGAACUCCUGGAACCUAACACUGGGCGUUAUGUUCGAUAUCAGUUUACCCCACAGUUCUUGAAACUGAAAACAGUCGGAGCUACAGUGGAAUUUACAGUUGGCAGCAAAUGUGUGAAAAACUUUCGAAUGAUUGAGAGACACUUUUUCCAGGAUCAAUUGCUAAAAACGUUUGAUUUUGAGUUUGGUUAUUGUAUCCCCUAUUCGAAAAACACCUGUGAGCAUAUUUACGAAUUUCCUACAAUCCCACCGGAUCUAAUGAACGAGAUGAUUUCGACCCCGUUUGAGACCCGAUCAGAUAGUUUUUAUUUUGUCGACAAUUGUCUGGUGAUGCAUAAUAAAGCAGAUUAUGCGUACAACGGCGGUCUAUGAGCUUAAAAGGAACGAAACCGGUACAGGAAACGCAUUGGUGAACGAAUUUUACUAAAUCGUUAUGAUAUAUUUUACAUUUAAACAUAUUACUGCUACUGCUACUGGAACUAUUUAUUCUGAGAAUAUGCGAACGAUCUGAGGUAAGUUACAAUUACGAACGAAAUUCGAGAAAGUUUUUAUUCGUUAGGUUUCUCUGAAAUUACUAAAUGAAUAUCGUUAGGCAGUCGAACAGACAGUCGACAGUAGAGAUGGGCAAAACAGUUCAUUUUAAAGAACCGUUCAGUGAUGCAGAGUUCUGUUGAAAGAACUAGUUCGCCAGAGCCGUUCGUUCGGUAUUUUCAUAGUUGGUUUGUUUGUUCAAAGACUGAACGAGAACUCACUUUUGUAAGCUUAAGCGAGGAAAAAAAGGUCCCUCGAAAUAGAACUGAGGUUUCGUGACGAAACUUUCUUAUUAGUACCGUUCUUGAAAAAGGUUGAGCGAGCUUAAAAAACAAAAAAAAAGAUCCCUCGACUUUGAACUGAGGAACUACCGUUCUCGAAAAAAGAACUAUAGCUCGUUCAUUCUUUCAAAAGAACUAGUUCUUUUGAACCGUUCGCGAACGAAUUGCCCAUCUCUAGUCGACAGCAUUCAAAGACACACAAAAAAGCAUACACUGGUUACUGGAAUUCUCCAGUGAUACUAAGGUAGUCCAUCGUUUUAGGGUAAUUCAACAUGCAAUUUUGCUGUCUAAAAGCUAAAUAACCUGAGGGAUAAAAUAAUCAGAUAAUGAAAUCACCUUUCUUGCCUUAAUUAUUCGUUGUCACCAAGUUAGAAAAUGAAAAAAAGAAGAAAAUAAUCAAGCCACACAUAUAAGUAGAGUUGCAUAAAAAAAUAGCAAUACUGAAAUGCCGCAAAAGAUCUCAAAAUGCUUUACGAGCUAUGUACUAAUUUUAACUUUUUAUUUUGGAGUAUCCAAUAACUCAUAAGUUGACGACCCGCAAAAAGAAACAAGGUUAAAAGUUAGAAAACUUAAUACCGAUAAGUACAUUCCAGAUAUAACUCGAGUAGGUGAAAAGAAUGGUUGGAAAAUCUAACAGCGGCACAGCCAAAUGGGAAAUUGAAUGCAUUUUUUUUUACAAUUCAGCUCUACUGCCAAGCAACAGCACAUUACCGUUCAUCUGCAAAUUGCACAACGUUUAUUUUAUUUUUUAUUCGACUGACCCGACAGCUCACCCACCCAAAUACAUUUCCUAGAUGAAGGCUUACAACGAAGAACGUGCUUUUGCCACAUUAGGCAAGUAUUUGUCUCCUGAGUUUGACUCUGACUCUUUUAAGGGUGAUCUUUAGUCUAGUGAUGUAGAGUGCAGAAUGAAGUGCAUUUCGGAAAAGUAGUACAAAGUGAUCUGAGCGAGUCCUAAUGUUCAAUACACUGAAGUUUUUUUUAUGAGGUGGAUUCGCGACGUAGUUUUGGUACAAAAAUAGAACAUUUUGUACGUUUAAUUUGCAUCACCGUUCUGGAUGACGGAAAACACUAUCUAACUCCAGUACCGGGAGUCGGAUUUGGAUAAAAUUCAGUAACAGUUCAUGGGGCCAUAAAACCUUUCAUUUGAACCUAAGUUUGUGAACGUCGAAUUUUUCAUUAGUCGAAUUUUAAAGUCGCUUUCUAAAGUAGGCUUUUAAGAGUCUGGCUUCUGGCUUUAAGACGGAAAAUAUGGUAAAAAGUAUAAAACUUUUAUCGGAGAUUGAAAAUCAGCCAUUGCCAUUUAUUUUUCAAAGAGUUCAGUAAAAUGUGAAAAAAAUAUCAAUUCAGGUUUGCUUCAUAUGAAAAGUAUUCGCAUAACAGUUCUACACGAUGAAAACACAUUAUUCAUUUUUAUUUACUCUUUCGCAUUGUAAGCUAUAGUAUAUGUUUCAUGUUAACUUUCUGACAUAUGAGAGACUCGGAUGAUUUUCAUUGAUCAGAUGAUUAAGUUCGACUCGUCAUACUUAAUUUACCCCUGUGGUCAAAUGAUGACCAAAUAAACUCACUUUAGUAAUGCCGGUCAAAGGUUUCCGGUGCCAAAAGCACAGGAAAUAAUUGUCAAAAACUCAGAAAUGAUACUCACUUUGAUUUCUCUAAGAUUAUAUAAGGUGGUUGUUGAAACCAUAAAAUGACAAAAAAAUUAACAAAUCUUUAAAACUAUCCCAAUACAUACGUCUUGUUAGUUGAUGACCAUAAAAACUUAUUUCGAUUACACCUGUUCGGAAUUCAAGUUUCGAAAAAAAGCCAGAAGUGGUCAAACAUACAAUGACAAUAAGAAAGGCAUCAUUACACCACAGGGUAGACUAACCCUUAAAAGCGCCAAACCUCGUAUUUACGUGUUUCAUGCAAUUUUAAUUAAUGAAAAAAAAAAUAAAACGCCUACUACGCACGGUCGAAAAAUAUUACUUUUAUGUUACUUGCCAUUCAACGGCAAUGGAGCCAGUUUUUUAAGUCGUUUGCCAAAUAGAGACAUUUGAGUUUUACUCUCGUUUUUUGCAUCUUCGAGAACCUAACAAAAAUAACUUCUUGCUGGAACCAACUAACCCACAUUCUGUAUUAGAAUUCUGAACAUCAUCGUUCCCAUACAACAUCUGUGCAUAACGAAGUAGAUUAGUUAGCUCAGUUGCCCUCAGUAAAUAUGGCAGCAUAAACGAAUAUGCGUUUUUGCUUGCAACAACAUAUAGACUUGGGAAUGUGAUUGUUGAUCUUUAGCGAUAACUUGCCUAACACAUCUUCGUCAGUAGCUAAUGAACAACCGAGAAUAAUGUGAAGAUAUUUGGAAACUGCGGUCACUCGCUGGGGACUAAAUCCGGUGAAUAUGGUGGAUGCACUACAAAUUCUAAUUUCGUCAUCGAUGAAAAGGCAGCUUCUGCGUUUCAUAAAAAUCCGAUAGUAAGACAAGAGCCUUGCAUACUUUUUGACUACAAAAUUCUGUUUCAUGUACCGGCUCGUCAUUUUACUGGCUUUGUACUACUUGUAUACUGGUAAGGUUGUUUCGCGUCGUUUGAAAUCGGAUCGAAAGAUCGGGGCUGGCAUUAACGCACCUCAACGAUCCUAGCUUGCCACUGUGGGUUCAGUCGCCACCCCUCUGAAUGGCAUUGGUGUUAUCUCUACAAUUUUGUAGGAGAGCGAGUUGGCAACUAUGAACGGACCCUAAUCUAACAAUUGUCAUACGGGUUUUUGUUUCACAGCGUCAGUGUAUUUGAAAUUAUUCGUGCAUCAGAGAUUUUUUUCCCUCUGAAGUAGCUAUAUGUAUGUAAAUAUUUUAGAUAUUUUAUAACAUUUCAUAACUGCUCAUCAAUUAUAAGCGGCCCACGAACAUUAUCAAUGUCAUUUUUAAUGAUUACUAAGUAAUGACAUUCCAAAUUUGUAUGGAGAAUUCAUCAUUACUGCCCGUACAAGUUCAUUAAAAUGAUAAUAUUUUUUACCAAUGACACUUUUAAUGCUCGUGUAAGGUUGCUUUUUGGUUCGCUUGAGAUAACGUCGAUUCAUGACACAGCAACUUAGGUUAUAUUGGCAGCUGAUUUUCGUGAAUACUCCAAUGGACUUUCUCUUCACUGGACUAUCACCGAAAACUUCGCUGUGCUGCAGCAUCGCGUCGCAAAGUAGGUUUUUUGUAUGAAAAAUACUUUUUUAUAUGAAAAAUAUAUGAAAAGUAUUUUUUACCGCACUAACACGACGUACUCGUGUUAAUAGGAAGUGAAUUUAUCUCAUCUAAACAGAAAAUUACGUAUCACACUCAGUGUUGCCAGAAAUUUUCUUCCUUUCUGUGAUUUGACCGCAACAACUUGGCUUCGCAAGAGAUCAAAAGUAUGAAGAUAUUUUUGAGUUGGGUGAUUUAUUUUUUGACUUGAACACGCCUUCCUUUUCGAAAACCACUUUGUUGAAGAAUGAGUAAACUUAGUCAUAAAUAUCUCGAGUUGUACUGAACGCACCGACAUAAUCCUUUAUUCAUGCCACCAGAAAUAUGAUUUGGAUUAGAUUCUGAAACUGAAUUCUAAAACUAAAAUUCGAAUCUGAAUUCAAAACCUGGAUUCUGGGUCACCUGAAUUUUUAACUCAAUUUUAUUUUUAACAUUUAGUUCCAGAAUUCAGAUUCAAAAUUUAGUUCCAAAAUACAGAAUACAGAUGAACUUGGGAUCUGGAACUAGAUUUUAAAAAUGAACUUAGUACCUCAAUUCAGAUUUUGGAACUGAACUCAGUACCUGGAUUCUGAAAAUGAGAAUCCUAGAACUAAAUUCAUGAACUGAAUUCUUGAUCUGGAUUCCGAACCUGAAUUUUGCAACUGAAUUCCAGCUGAUUGAUUUAGGGUCCGGAGAAUGGAAUUCCAAUAAAACUUAUAAAAACAUUUCUUUUGGUGUAUCUAUCAAGUAAAUGAUUGCGGUAUUUUCCGUUAAACGACUGCAAAUGGAAAAAUAUCUAUACAUCACAUCAUUUUUGUUUGUGUGCUAUCCGACCUCGCUACCGCUCGUUCAGACCUAACUGAAGUAAAGAAACCUUGUUUUGAGUAGACUGGGCAAACAAGGCGGUUACAGGUUUGAAUGCUGGCGUCGCCUCGGCGGCUUUGUGCCACCGAGCCAUCUUGGCUUCGCUAUAUCGAAUGUCCAGGACAUAUAAAAACCAAUAAAUAUUUAGGAUGGAUUGUAAAAAUUUGUAGUGAUCUAAUUUAUAAUGCGAUGUAUUCAAAAUUAUCCUUUCGGCGAAAUGAUCUUUUUGGCGAAAUAGCAUUCGGCGAAACGGCUUUCGGCGACAUGGCUCUCGGCGAAAUGGCUUGCUUCCAGAAUUAAAAAUAAUCGAACCAUUUCUAUGUGCGUUGAUUUAGAGUGAAACUGUUGAACAAUAUCUCGGAAUAGAAUAGGCGAGAAAAUAGUAUAGGAAUUUCAAGAAGUAAUCAUCUGUAAAGUGUUUAGUCAUCUUUAGCACGAAUCUCGAACAUCGUGCAUCGUUGUUGUUUGAAUCGUAAUUGUUCGCCGAGAAAUAAAUCGGGAUCAGUUAAAAAUAAAUCUCUCAAGCUAGAACGUAAUGAUCCAGUGUUUGUCGGGAUUCACUAGAGUCUUCACUCUGCACCAGCCUUUCAACAUUUCAGUGGAACGCCGCGACUUGCGGUGAUUGUUAUUCGAUCUUUGUUCUCGAUUUAUGGCCCAAGAGUAGCUUUCAAAUAAGCCUAAACUUGUUAGAAAUCGGUUCAGUCAUCUUCGAGAAAACUGAACGGAGGAAAAAAUCGCUGAAGGGUGCACGCACCAGCGUUGCAAUGUAUGUCGAUUAUUCAUCAUUCAUAUAGAUAAAAACCGGUUUUUGGUUUUGGCUUGUGUAGGUAUGGCGAAUAGUGGUAGUGAGUCCUUUGUAUUCACCUAAAAGAAUCCUGGUCACCAUUCUUGGUACAAAUGUUAUAUAGAUUCAAGUACAGAUGUGGCACAGAUAAUUUUUUUCGUCUGAUACAUUUUUUUUUUGAAAAAUGACCUGGCAACUCUGGCACACACACACACAAAUACAUACACACAUACACAAACAUUUUCUGAUCUAGUCCAGUUGAAUCGAACACUAUGGCUGUGAACCAUUUCGCGGUUAAUUUUAACUUUUAUUUGAAACCUGACACUUGAGUGGUUAUUCUGUGUCGAGUAGUUAAAUUUAGCUUAAACUGCGGCCCAUUUCAAAAUUUGACGGAAGGAUAGUAAUUUUGGUUUAUUUUCCACUGGAAUUAAUUUCAACUAAAGAAUUAAUAUUAGAAUUUUCAUUGGAAGAUUUUUUUCAGUGUUGGGAAAUAACCAUCGAUCUGUCCAAAAUAACCAUGCUCUCGAGCAGGGUUAUUUUUGACAACAUCAAAUUAACCGCUCGAGUGUCAGAUUUCAACCAAAAGUUAAAAUUAACCGCGAAAUGGUUCACAGCUUAAGAGUUCCAGUCAAAAGUUGGUUUUCCAGCAAUUAUAUAUCCUUUCUAUGAAGAAAGGUAAAACCGAGCGGAUAAAUUUGUUUCGCUUUUCGGGAUGAAUGUUUUCGGUUUUACGGAGUGUUGUGCAAUGUGCUCAGUUCAAAGAUGAUCGCUGGGAAUUAAGGCUAUGAACCGUUUCGCGAUAAAUUUCAACUUUUGGUUGGAAUCUGACUUUUGAGUGGUUAUUUUCUGUCGAGUAGGUAAAUUCAACUAAAACUGGGGCCCAUUUCAAAAUUUGACGGACGGAAAGUUCCGAAGAAAAAUGUUCCGAAAAGUGUUGAGUAUCGAUUUGGUCCUUCUGAAUGCUAGAAACGAAUCCCUACAGCAUAUUGAUAUUUUCUUUCAAUAAAUUAUGCAAAUUCGAAAUGAAAUAAUCGACAUUAAAAUUCUGUAUGCGGCUAUUUUUAUAGCCGCCCAUUAGUGAAAAAGCUAGAAACGAAAUCACGUAAAAAGAAAGCUCCUAACGAAAAUUGGAUCAGUUUGGAUUCUAUCGCCACUGCGAGCAGAUGUAUUUUGUGUCGUUUGCAAAGCUAGUUUCGCUUCCGACAAGAGCGAUUACGUCAUAACUGCCAGUCAUUUGCAUUGAUGAAAAAAAGGUGGAGAGCAUUACACAAAAUCAGCCGUUCUAAUGGCUCAAAAGUUUUCUAAAGAACUAUUAUGAUUUGUUGUUCGCAAAUCGAAGAUAAAUAUCCUCAGUUUAGUGCAAAUCUAGAACAGCUUGGUUAGAUUUGUGCACUUUUCGCUGUGUGAAAUUCACAGUAGACGAGAUCAAGUGAAGCCUUCUUUGUUUUUGCGAAAAAUGUUCCAGAGUUUAAUGUCGUAGAGAAUUACGCUAUACGCAAUUUGACCCUUCUGAAUGCUAGAAACGAAUCCCUAUAGCAUAUUGAUAGUUUUGUUCAAUAAAUAAGGCCUAUUGUAUCAUUGAUCAACCCAGCGAAUUAAUGGCCCUUAUUACCGGUAUCACUACACGGUGAAAACCAAGUGAAGUGAUUGUGACCCUUAUUAUUGGUAUCACUUCACGGUGAAAAUCCAUUGAAGUGAAUUUUUGUCCUUAUUACGGAAGCCGCUUCAGAGACAAAAGUAAUUACUUGGAUGAACUUGAUGUCAUUAUGAACAUCACGCCACCAACAUUUUGUCGAAAAAAUUAGUUUUUUCCACUACACUGAUCACUUCACUAUGCGUGAUACUGGUAAUAGGGAAAAUCAAGUGAGGUGACAUGUAAGUGAAGUGAAUGUGAAAGUGGAAGUGAGAACGGUAAUAAGGGCCAAUGUUUUCUUUAUUGGAAGAUUAUAAUCGGUUGUAAACGCUACACCUACACCAACCAUAUCAGUAUCGCACCCACGUACAACAGGACAGCCUGGAAUUAGAUGAUGGAAGUCAGUGGCAUCCUACGGAAUUCGAUUUCAACUCAUCACUCUUCAUCACAAACACUUUCAUAAAAUGUUCUUUUCAGAACACCAUUAUUUUAUUAUGAAGAACUAUACUGGUUAUUUCAUAAAAUUUGUGUUUCAGAAUGUUAAAUUUAACUAAUCUGUACUUUAGUUUAGGUGCAUCGUUUCAAAUUCUACAUACAAUUUCAUAAAAUUGAUCAACUAAUUGAUAUUCGGAAGUGUUAAGGAACAUGUCAGUUGUUUUCGUAUUCACGACAUCCAGUUAUGUCUCUAACAUUACCCACCCGCCUUUUCAGUGUCGGAAAAUAACCAUCGAUCUGUCAAAAAUAACCAUGCUCUCGAGCAGGGUAAUUUUUACCACCUUAAAAUAACCGCUCUAGUGUCAGAUUUAAACAAAAAUUAAAAUUAACUGCGAAACGGUUCACAGCCUAAAGCGGCCCAUACACGAGUCAUUAAAAAUGUCAUUAUUAAAAAAUAAUAUCAUUUUAAUGAACGUGUAAUGGUGCAGUAAUGACGAGAUUUCUAUCAAAUUUGAAAUACAAACGUCGAGGAUCUAGUGUAAUCUGAACUCUUUUUUUUAGGAAAAAGCGAAAAUGUCAAAGAGUUGACUUAGAAAUUUUUCGGGAUAACAGCAGAUCUCGACGUUUCAUGCAUUUCUAAGACAAAACAAGAAAAUCGCGUAACUUGGGAAAUCCGCUUAAAAAAAUCGCGUAACUUCGGAAGUCCGCUAGAAAAGAAACCACUUAAAAACGCGUAACAAAAGACCUCAGUGUAUUACUAUGGGAUUCGGAUUUUUUUUACCCUUCGACAUGCCACACAUUUCACAGUCUAGUAGUACCAUAACAGGCAAAGUAUUUUCAACCUAAAAAUAACAAACUAUAUUCCAAAGAUUAUCUUCAAAGAUAAGACUUGGGCUUGAAAAACUUUCUCGGUUCACAGUCUAAUUUAAUCAAAAGUUAAAAUUAACCACGAAAUGGUUUUCAGCCUAAGAACGUGUCGGAACGUCCCUCCCUUUGGUUGGUGGGCUUGACGGUAUUGCAAACAUCAUCACAUACAAUCAAUUAGCGUUACAACUUGAUAAAAAUAUGCGUUACAGUUUUUAGUUUCAUAAUUGAAUUAAAUGAAUAAUAUAUGGAACGACUUGAAUAAGAUGUUGAUUGCAUUACGCUCCAACAUCCGGGGUUGGAGAGGCCGGUAGGGCUUAACUGAGCUCUUUUUUAUGUUUUAUUUUCAUACUACCGGCCCUUAUUACCAGUGUGAAGUGAAAAUUAAGUAGAGUAAACGUAUCCCAAUUGGGUUUCACACGGUGACAAUAAAUGAACGGUAAAUCGAAUCCAUCUUUGACGUUUAUUGGUGGUUUGUGUACCAUGGAAUACUGUGGAAUGAAAUAGAAUAUUGUAGAAUAUAAUAAAAUAAUAAUGACCGAACCAAUGAGCAAACCACUGAUAGCUGUCAAACGAUGUUCAUCCAGUUUAUAUUGUGAGGAUGUAUCGUUUGGGACCUGAUGGGUGAGAUGAUGUGUGAGAUGAUGUGUGAAUGAAAUGUAAGAGUGAGUGCAUGCAAGAACGGUAAUAAAGGCCACCGUUUCAGCUCAGGACUAACGAUCGACCAAUAGAAGAGAUAGAAAUUGGGUAACGGUACCCCCAUUCAUCUCAAAUCCAUUAGUCAUUUCAUGUACGAAAACCAUUAGUUAGAGUGAGAUCUGUUAUCUCUGUUUGAUAGAUUAAUUUCAAGAAUAACAUGAAAUCUGGAGCAUUUUUUUUGUUCGUUAAAACAGCAGUAUUGAAUCAUUUCUGAACUACUUUUAUGUGCCAUUGCUUCUUACAGACGAGGCAAAGAUUUUGUAUUCGAUUUUAUCUCAAUAAAUUUAUUGAAAGUCGAGUAAUCGGUAAAAUAACAUGGUGACUCUACUAAUGAGAUGACUAUUGGCACACAAAUUUUAGUUAGAAUCUAUUAGAAUAGAAAUAGUAACUCAAUGUUGUGAUGCUUGCUUGUGGAAUAUAUGUAGGUAUGUAUGCAUGUGUGUAUGCGUAUGUGCCUGUGUGUAUGUAUGUGUUUUUGUGUGUACAACAUACAUUAUACCGUUCCCUCGGGUGUGUUGUAUCAAAUUGGUUGUGACACAUUUCGAUUGCGAGUCAGUGUACCAGAUGUUCAAAACUGCCUGAGCGGAUGGUAAUAUACUGUCAAGAAUCAACCGAAGAUAACGAAAUGUGAACAUGCUGUAGCAAUACUAUUAAACCCAAGUGUUAUUAUCAUUUAAAUAAAAACGCAUGUCCUCAGUUCUUAUCCGUCAAACCAUGAUGAGCUGCUUUACAAAGAUCAAUGAAACACUAAUUUUUUUUUUUUUUUUUAUUUUUUUUUUUAUUAUUUUAUUUUUUUUUUUUUUUGGAAACGGAUGACUAGAUGAGGAACAAGAAAUACGAAAAUGCGGAAAGAAUUAGAAAGGAAUAUUGGUAAGAAUAUAAACACCAUUGCAUACAACUAACUUUUACAUUUAAGGAAGCAACAUAACAUGCCAGCAAAAGUACGGAGUGAAAAAUGACAACAAAAGACACGAAUCACAGCUGAAUAGAACACUGGAAUUAAGGUAAAACAGAAUACAAACUAUGAACAAAGGUAAGAAAAUCAACAUGAAGAAAUAAUAAAAACUGCUGGGUAACAAUGUAAUUUCCUCAUAUUGAAAGAGGCGUUUAUAUGGCGCGCAUGCGCUAAUUCGGCCUGAUACAAAUUAACGGGGAGGGCAAUACAUUUUGGACAGGGCUGUAAAAAGCUGAUUGGAACCCUUUCCCCACCAAAAUGUAAUAUAAGGAAACUAUAAGGAUAAGAACGUGUCGGAACGUUCGCGGAAACUUAAGAUUUCAUUAUUGAUAAUGAACAGAAUCGAAGGUCGUUGUCAUAUCACUAUCACCUUAUUUUCGUUAAAUUUUCUAACCAUAUCAAUUCUUACUAAUGUUGAGUACACUUGGUUUUGCCAGGACUGUGAUUUUGCAAAUGUUGGAAAUGUCCAUAGCUUUAACAUAACAUAAUUUCAGCUCCCAUUUUGUUGUGCCUAAAAUAUCUGCAAAAAAACAACAAAUCACUGAAAACGAAGAAAUUGUACAUGUUGAUUCUUUUAGACCUAAAUACAAACCACAAAGUUUAUGCAACACAAAAUUAUUUUAUGCAUAGAUGUUAGGAAUUGUAGUGUCGAUACGUACACAGAAGCGAAAACAGUACAUAGUGGUUUAUAUUUUUUACAUUUUUCACCAGCUUUAAACAAUUUCACAAAGCUUUCAAGUAUCAAAAAACAAAUGGUCGCGUCGAACCUGUUCACCUAUUUAGUAACAUGUCAUUUGAACGAAUUUUGAAGACUCUCAAUUAUCGAUCACAUUUCAUAAAACAAUGACUAACAGGGUCAACGAUGAAUGGGUUCGGCAAACGAGCGGUAAUGUAUUUCAAACAAGUUUUUGUUAUUCUUGAAACUUAGAUAUAAAUCCAAUUUCCUACAUGUUAACCACUUUCAUACAUGUUGGAUAAGCAAAAAUAUAAAUAUUUCAUUGUGCCGUGUCGUGUCAGCUAAACGAAUUGAACAGAUAACACCGUUUUUAUAUCGAAUAGGCAAAACAUAAAGUUUCUGUUCUGUUUUUUUUUUGGUUAAUUCAGAUUGAGUAACAGUUAGGUCGUAUAAUUGUUGUGCUCCUAGAAAAGAGAACGUUUGUUACUCUUCGGCAUAGAUAUAGAAAACAUGUUAGAGAAUUAAAGCACCGUUUAGAUGUGUUGCAUAAAACUCACGUAUAGCCACGACGACAAAAUGACGAUAAAUCACUAACAAAAAGAAAAAGUUUAAGAAAACCAGAUGCAGAUGCCAAUACGAAUUGCAUAUGAAUACUCAGCAAAACGAAUGAUGGGCCGCCCAUGAACAAAACAAUAAUAAUAAUACAUUAGGAAGGGAAUGGAAUUUAAACAAAAAUUUAAACAUCCAACUUAAAUAUCAACUAUUCUGAAUAAUUGAAAUUAAGUAAAAAAAACAUACAGAAACAAAAUUAAAUCGUGCACCCAGAAAUGUGGUCGUCAACAAAACAAACUAUUACUAGUCAAAGCAAAACCAAACACACAAAAAUGCAAAAAAGUAGAACUAUCCAGAGUAAGUGUAGAACACAACAUUUUAAUUUUUUCAUGAGUGCAAAUCUAUCGUGUAAGUUUUGUACGCAAACUAUUAUAUUUUGAAAAUACAAAUAUCACUUGUUCGGUGUAAAAUUAUACAAACCUGUUGGAGAUAUCUUCGAAAGUCUUGAAAAAUACUAAACAUAUUUCUUUUUAAAGUUCCUCAAGCAAAGUUGGGUAGUGUUUUUCCGUAAGA